AUGACUUCUACUACACUAGAUUCGGCUCCAGUCCAUAGUCCUCCCGGACAUGAUGCUCAACGUCCGAGAGGUAUCCUAAAGCAUACUUCAAGUCAAUCCCACACCUCCCCGCCGCCGAUCACGUCCCCCCGACAAGGCCGCGAGCGUUCCAUGUCCGGCAAGGAAAUCACACUUGCCAACACCCAGAUCAACGCUGGGCAUCGACGAUCCUCUUCCUCCGCUACCAGACCAUUUGGUUCGCGCCGCUCGUCCACCCACGAUCCCGACGGCCAAGCCGAAUCGUCGCAGCGCCUCAAGUGGGACGAGGCAAACCUUUACCUGACGGAACAGGAGCGCACCUCUACUAUGAAAAUAACCGAGCCCAAGACUCCCUAUGCCAAGCACUACGACCCGGCCGAGGACCCAUCCGACGACGAGGGUAGUAUGGAGGGUAGUAGUCUUCGGCGCCAAGCUUCAGGUCCGGGCGGUGAAGAUGACAUUCCGGGCCUUAGCCUGGGCGAUCCGGAGGAAGAAAUUUCAAAAGAAGACAUUCCGCCACAUGCGCGCCAACCCUCCGAAAAGACGGUUCAUGUGGACGAUCAAGAUGCCACCCCCUCCGCCGAGGAGCAGCUGGUGGGAAUUUCGCCAGAAGAGCGUGAAAAGCACCGCCAGUUUGAAGCCUUGCGCAAGAAGCACUAUGACAUGCACAACGUCGCUCAACUCCUCGGCGCGCCCGACUCCAUACCGGACGAUGACGACGACGACGAAGACGAAGUGCCCUCGGUGCCUCCACUGCCAAAUGGCUCACAUUAA